GACUGGACCCCGCACAGCCAUGCUUCCAGGGCACGUCUGAGGAGGUUCGGCUGGACCCAUCUGAUGCCAUGUUUGUGGAUGUGAUUCACACGGAUUCUGCUCCCAUCAUCCCCUUCCUAGGUUUUGGAAUGAGCCAAAAGGUGGGCCAUCUGGAUUUCUAUCCAAACGGAGGAAAGCAAAUGCCUGGAUGUCAGAAAAAUAUCCUUUCAACCAUCGUUGACAUAAAUGGCCUAUGGGAAGGGACCCAAGACUUUGUGGCUUGCAAUCACCUAAGGAGCUACAAGUAUUACUCAAGUAGCAUCCUCAGCCCCGACGGCUUCCUGGGCUACCCGUGCACCUCCUACAAUGAGUUUCAGGAGAAUAGCUGUUUCCCUUGUCCAGCUGAAGGAUGCCCCCAAAUGGGGCACUACUCUGACCAAUUUCUGGGGAAAACCAGUGCUGUGGGACAAACCUUUUUCCUGAACACAGGAGACAGUGGUAACUUUACUCGUAAGGGAUCCCUCAAACCACAUGCAAGUCAUAUGCGUGACAUUGACGUGGACCUCAAUGUUGGAAAAAUCCAGAAGGUUAAGUUCCUCUGGAACAACCAUGUGAUAAAUCUUUUCCGGCCCAAGCUGGGGGCUUCACAAAUCACAGUGCAAAGCGGUGAAAAUGGGACUGAGUCUAAUUUUUGUAGCAGUGACGUGGUCCAAGAAGAUGUUUUACAAUCUCUUUACCCUUGUUAAAAACGUGGUCAUCUCUCUUGUAUCUUUGCCGUAAUAAAUUUUUUAAUGCCCUCGGUUUGACGUUGA